GUCGAGUGCCCUGGAGUUGCAUCGAUCGUAGCACCCGAUAUCACAUAGCUGCUCUCUUAGGCGACGUUAGCAACUGCCAACGGAGUCACCAUCACGAUCGAUAGCACUGCCAAAAGGAUCAUGAACAUUCGCACAGCGACGUUAGCUGAUGUUCCAGCCCUGGCAAACAUCGCCGUUACUGCGAUGCCCGACGAUCCGCAGUGGGACUACCGUUUUCCCUAUCGCCUGAAGUACCCCGAAGAGCAUCUAGCGGCCAUUCAAAACGUAUAUCGCUCUGCAGUGGAAGAUGAAGCCUCCGCGGGGACGGUCGUGAAGGUGCUCUGCAACGACAAGGACGAGCCCAUGGCACUUUCAGUGUGGGAUUUGCUCUACCUUGGAAAGGCAAGCGGGGGAAUGGCGAAUUUUGCACCAAAUCCGAAUCGUCCGGACGCAUCUCUCGUUCGCAUGACGGCCUUCUUGAAGGCCUUUCAAGCUGCUCACGACAAGUAUUUCGACUCUGUAUAUGGUAACAAGCAGAUCAGACUACGGGUACUGUGCGUUCACCCUGACUUCCGGCGCAGAGGCGCAGGUGAGGCGCUCUGCAAUUGGGGAUUCGAUCUCGCGAAGCAGGAAGGUGUUCCCGUAACGAUUGUCGCAAGUCCGAUGGGGAAAAGACUGUACGCCCGACUGGGCUGUGAAGUCCUGGGUGAGUAUGAAAUCAGGGCAGAUGGCGAAGACGAGUCUUGCACUGAAAUAUGCAUGAUCUUGAGAAAAGAGUUGAGGGCGAAGUAAGAAACGAGCUGAACGAGCCCAACACGUUGACCCAAUGUUUCACUCGAUCGCGUGUACCUUUCCAGUAAAUGCAAUUAACAGCCUGAACAAACCCUUACUCAGAAGUUCAAUGCCCAAGAGAGUUUGAGGUAUCACUACAGAGAAGAGAAUUCCCUAGUGACCUCAAUCAUCUCAUGUGGCUGUAAAUGG